AUGUCUCUCGGCUGCUUUCCUCCUCAACCUCCUCUCCGCCUCCCUCCUCCCCGCCCUCGCCCUCUCCGCACCCACCUACGCCUCCUCGACCUCGGCGCCGCCAACGCCCUCGACGCCGUCGACCACCUCUCCGACUACUUCAACCUCCUCGCCAGCAAAGUCCAGCGCUACAAGUCCCUCGCCGGCUCCCUCCCACCUGCGACCCUUCCCGCGCCGUCCUCCCCAUCAGGCCUCUCCCUCCAACACGUCGCCAUCGGCCGCGGCACCCAAAACUACACCUGCGACCCCGCCGACCCCUCCGCGGCCCCCAAGGCCGCCGGCGCCGUCGCCAUCCUCUACGACGCUACCUGCCUCGCCUCCACCCACGCCGACCUCCUCGACGCCCUCUCCCGUCUCUCCAUCUCCUACCCCCAUCCCCGACCCUCUCGCCGUCCUCUCCUCCUCCGAUGA